AUGUGGCUGGGCAAAUCCACUUGACCAAAGUCACCGAAAAGAAAAGAAAACUGCUGUACAUCCAAGAAAAUUCUUCUAGCUAAGCACAAAAUCAGUUAUCUUCAACAAAACAUGGAUCUUGCGGGUCCCAAAUACUUUCAAGCUCCACCUUCAUUUCCAUCUAAUGGGGACCGACCGCUGGAGAGUAAUGCAAGUCUUUAUGGACAACCGCUGGAGACUAAUGCAAGCAUUUAUGGACAAAGCAAGGACAACCCAUUUGCUGACACUUUUCCUGACCCACUUUGCAAGCUUAAUCUCAAGGAGACAUCUGAGUUUGUCAAGUCAUUUCCAAUGGCGACUUCUAAUAACAACACAGAUAGCAGAGGGGGAGGGUUUUUGGAUAUUUCAAUUCAGAGAAGAAGAGAAGGAGUGAACUCAGUCACAACACAAAGGAGAGUUUUGGAAGCUCCUUCUACACCAGGUAGGCCAGUUUUCAGCUUCAGUGGUGGCAAUCAUGCUAGGAAGAGCUUUCCUUCAAAGUGGGAUGAUGCAGAGAAAUGGUUAAUCAGCAGCUCUUGCUAUGAGUCUCCUGCCCAUACGCUAAAGCCACCACCUGAAUCAUCAAAGAUGAUUAAACAAUGUGAUAACUUUAAGCAUCAAACUGAGGUAUUUUCUGAGAAAUCAAGGGUCACUGAGGAAAGGGUUACAAAGUUUGUCACAAGCUUUAAAGGGUCAGUUUCUUUGGAACACCAUCAUCCAACCCCAGGUUCUAGUGGAAACCCAGGCUCUGCAGAUGUCCUUCUAAAAGAUAAGUUCACGGAUGAGGUAGAACCAAUUUUACCAAAUUUCGGAUACUCGGAGCCCUCAAGAGAACGGUUUCUUUUCAGAAACUCAUACUGUGAAACCAUGAAAGAUGCAGGCACUGAAGUAUCCCAUGAGAUUAAACAUAAAAAUGUUGGGACUGAGAUGACUCCACUAGGAAGUUCCACAACUUCUAGAUGCCACACACCAUUCAAGAGCUCAUCACCUGCACGGCAUAACACACCAGCUAACAGGUCAGGUCCAUUGGCAUCCGCUAAUUCCAAUAGUUCUAAUAUCACGAUUGACAUUUCCCAGCUGCAAGAAUAUCAUCUAGCUAAACUGCAACUGGGGACGCAUUAUGACUCUAUCACAUCCAAUUGGAGCUCAAGGGAAGAGGAGGAGGAAGAAGUAUCAAAGAGCCUUAGACAUUUCGAAACAGGCAGUGCAUACAGGAAAAGUGUUUCCGAUUCAAGAGCUGCAUGGGAAGAAGAGGAAAGGACAAAAUUCUGCCUGAGGUAUCAGAGAGAGGAAGCAAAAAUCCAAGCUUGGCUGAACCUUCAAAGUGCCAAAGCAGAAGCUCAAUCAAGAAAGCUUGAGGUGAAAAUACAAAAGAUGAGAUCAAACUUAGAAGAGAAAUUAAUGAAAAGAAUGGCAGUUGUUCAUAGAAAAGCUGAGGAAUGGAGAGCAGCGGCCCAGCAACAACAUGCUGAGCAAAUGCAAAGGGCAACUCAGCAGGCGCAGAAGAGAAUGAACAAUAAUAACUCAAAUAUUUCUGGCCACAGCUCAUGUGGUUGCUUCCCUUGCAAUAACAGCCACGCAUGA